AGAAACCAGUAUGGCGGACAGCGAAAGUGAUUUGGAAACAGACAGGCUUGAAUUAGCUCUGGACACUUUGUUAAGUAGGCACUGCAGCUUGGAGUCCUCGCUGAGAAGCAAAGAGUACUGCUCUGAGUUUUGUAAGUUGGUUGAGGAGCACACCGGGCAAUGGCAGGUUCCUCUCCCCCAGCUGAAGGUGCUGCGGACAGCCCUCUGCAGUUUCACCAAAGCCACUGCUGCCUUCCCUGAUGACUGCCAGCACAUCCGCUAUGCCCUCAGCAGCCUGGCCUUGAGCUUCUUUGAACUGAUGCUCUUCUUCAGCAAAGAGGAGUUUUGGGAGGAUCCUUUGAAAGACAUCCUUGAUUCCUUUCAGGAGUGCCACUCUCGGCUGCUGAGGCACAAAAACGUCUACCUUCAGCAGGUGAAGCAUGUCAUUAAAGCAGGAGGCCCGUGGGAGAAUCCAGUGCUGCAGGGCAUCUUAAGAGAGGCAGCCCUGCCACCAGUAGAGGUUGAGGAGUACUUGAGCACAGAGGCGCCGGAGUUCUUGGAGUUGCGGGUUCGCUAUCUGCAGGCCUGUGAACGUGUCCCAGAAGCCAUGGCCCUGGCUAAAAGCUGCCUUGAAAACCGUGAGGCUGGAAAACAUCUUUACUUCCAUCAGGCCUACCUCACCUGCCUCUACAAAGCCUCGCUACAUGAGCACCUGCACAAGGAGAUGGCAGAGAUAGAUGGCCGUGAUGCAGUGGAAAUCAUCUGCAACACAGAGAGUGUUGAGAAAGAUGAGCUCCUCCUGUCGCUGUGUAAAGCCUUUCUCACCCAGCAGCUGCACAAUGGAGACAUGUACUACAUCUGGGACCUAGUGUUUAUCUGGAGCAGGCUGCACCUUAGGGCCCACCCCUCCAAACAAGCCUUCCUGGCUGAAUGCCGUCAGUUGGCUUCCUCUGCCACCAACGUCAGAGCCAUCUUCCCCUUCAUCAAAGUGAUCACUGCAGAGCUGGGUGGUGAAGGGGUCCAGUUCUGUGUGGAGCUUUGUGCCAGGGCUUUGCAGCUGUGUGACCUGCAGGCUGAUCCUGUUGCACGCUCCUUGGUGUGUAAGACCAUCGCCUUCCUGUUGCCACACGACCUGGAGAUUUGUCGUGCUUGUGCCCUGUUGGUCUUCUGCCAGGAACGCAGCCUAGAGGCCUACCGAACUGUCUGCCUGCUUUACAUGCAUCCCGACCAGGAGCCACAUCCCCACAACAACCCUGUCCGAACCAACGUCCGCUUCCAGAUUCUACAGGUAUUGAAGGAGCGCCUGUGUUUUGACCCUGAGUUUUGGAACCUCCUGACUCUAAGGACCCGCUGUUUGGAAUUGAUCAGUGACAAGGCCAUGAAGGCUGCUGUGCUUAGUGAGAUGAAAGAGGAAGAGGAGAAAGAAUACUCUGAAGAGCUGAUACCAAAUAAUUACACAAAUGACCUAUGCACUCAAAGCUUAAACUCAUGGCAUUGCACUGAGCCUGCAUCUGAGGUCCAGAGGCAUCCUGAAAAGCAGGCUGCAGAGGGUGAGUCAGCAAAGGGGGCUGCUCCAUCAAGUGAUAUCCCACUGAAGAGGAGGAAAUGGAGAAAGAGGCGACGAAGGAGAGAGCAACCUUUGUCUGAUGAUGAGGCAGACUUUGGUGAUGAUCCAGAGAUAAAAUACAACCUCAAAUCUGCUCGUGCAAAUAGCAAAACGAUCUACUCCUUAAGACAAACCCGUUCUGAUCCAGAAAAUUCUGCUCCAGUCAAGCUCCCUCCAAACCGUCAGAGGGAAUACUUGUCUAGAUGUGUGAAGAACCAAAUUUUGAAGAGGAAGGGUCGGAAGAAAAGAUGGUUGCAAGGUCUUCCUAGGCUGGAGCAGGUACAGGCAGUUAAAGAGGCAAAGAUUAAAGUUAAGGGGAAGAAACGUGGACGGAAGCCCUUACCAAAACUGGAGCUGUCUUACCCUGACAAUGAAGUGUCUUUCAAUGAGGAGGAAUGGUGUCUUGAGGAGAAAAUAGACAAAGAAAAGAAAGAACAGAAUGAGCUUAACAAGGAAAAUGAAGAUGAACCGUGUGGACUGGAAGAGAUUCACUUUGAGCAGAGGAAUAAACUUGAGAGGGACAAUGGACUAAAGGGCCGUGCUCACAUGGUCCAUAAUAGCAGUCUCGGCGAACAUACCCAAGACGAGCCUCUAACAGAAUUAGGUUCUGAGCGAGUUUCUGAGCUUUGUGAAGAUCUUCCAAGCGAACCUCAGCCUGUUGUCCCUGCUGCUGAAGCUGAUCCACAGUUUGAUGGUCCUGCCUUGGAGUUAGUAGACUGUCCAACAGAACUGUUUCACAGCUACUCUCUUAAAUCUAAAGAGCUUGUUUCUGAGAAGCCACAGUCCCCAGAAUGCUCAGCACCGGAUAAACUGAAUGGUGACACAGAGCAGGAGCUCAAACCAUUACUGGAAACAUCAGAGGAGUCAAAUCCUUUGGUAAAAGGCAAGGCAACAUGGAGGGAACGAAUGCUCCGUACUCAGCGAUAUGCCCACCUGAUGUACCACUGCAACCUCUGCUGCAAGGACUUUAAAGGCUUGAAUGUUAUGAGGCAUGCUCUUGCCCAUCUAAAGUCGAAGAGACUAAGAUGCAUACUUUGUGGAAAACGGUUCAAACAGCUUCCUUUUGCCAAAAAACAUGUUCUGGAGCAUAUUGAUGAAAUGUGCAAGAAUAAUCCCAGCAGUAAAGAGCCAUGCACUGAGGAGACUCAAACAGUUAAUGGAUUGGAGAAGGUUGUUGAAAAUGAGAACCAGGGUCAGGAUGAAAAUCAGCCAUCCACCCUGAGCUGUCAAGUUUCUGUUAAGGAAAUGCCUGAACAGAAACCUGAAGCCAAAAAUAAGUCGUCCACACUUGAUAGGGAAGGCAGAAUCAUCAGAAACCUUCGCAUCCUGAUCAAAAAGACCUCCGUCCUUCACAAAAAAUACAAGAACGCUGAUUCUGAUAUACCCAAGCAGAUGGACUUCAAGGAUGAACAGGUAGUCAUCAAGGAUGACGUGGUGAUCAUCAAAGAUCGAUCUGUGUUGGAAGAGGAGGGAGGAGACGAGGGGAAGGAGAAACCAGCGGGAGAAAAUGGAUAUGGUGUAGACAUCACGUACCAACUGUGCCCCUCAGAGUCCUGCGAUAGAGUAUUCUUGAAAAUCAGCUCCACACUGACAAAACAUGCUAUCAGAUGUCACAGUGGUGAGGAGAAAGUUCUGGAGAAAACAUUUGUUUGGAGCAAACACAAGUGCAUCUUCUGCUUCAGGCAGUUACAGUUCAUCCAGCACUACAAGGACCACAUGAAGCUCCAUGACUCCCCUCUCCGCUACUUCUGCUACCACAUGCAGUGUAAUCAGCGCUUCUUGAACCACCAGGAACUGAAGGACCAUGUCAAGACCCACCAGCCCCUCAGACCCCAGUGCCCCUACACAGACUGUGAGCAGCUAUUCCCAGGCCUCCAGGCUCUCUAUGACCACGAAUGGCGACACUAUAUCCCAGCACCACAGAGAGAGGAGCUGGAGUUGGUAGCUAGCAGACAGAAGCAGCAGAAUGCUGAGGCUCCCUGGAAGCAGAGAGUAAAGAUCGAGGAGACUUGGCUGCAGAGUAAAAAGGGGCAAAAGGAGAGUCCUAAAGCCUAUCAUCAGGAGCCUUCUAAUCUUGAGGAUCUCAGGGAGAUGGACAAAAGUGAAAAUCAGGCUCAGGUAGCAGUUGUCCUAGACAGCAGUCAGAAUCUGGACAAAUCACAUACUUCUCCAGAGCAGACAGAUAGUUAUCAGCCUGUAGACACCAACCAAACCCUCAUCAAUGGAUAUGAGGAUGGGAAGAGAGACCUAUCAGAAGGAGAGGCCUACACCUCCCAUACUGUUGCUGCUGUCCCAUCUCCCAACAAGAGGCCUAAAAAGAAACUGAUCCCUUCUGACCCCUUGAACGUUAAAGACCUCGAGGAUGUGUCCACUUUGGCUGAGGGUGUCCAGCAGAAACUAGAUGAGCCGCACAUCACAGAGCACAAGACUUUCAAACCGGAAGACCCCUCCUAUGCGACUUUUGUCAAAGCCCCUUUCAUCCGGCCACCACCCUCCACAUACCUAGAUGAAUCGCUUCUCUCCAUGCGCAAGAGGAGGGCUAUUGAAGAGGCUCCUCCAAAGAAAUCGUUUGUCUGGAACAGUAAGAAGAAGAAGGAGCCUGAUCCUGUAAAGGAGCAGCUGGUCGAGGCUGAGGCUGCUCAGGUGAAGACCAGGCAUCGGUGCAACAAAUGUCUUUCCUCCUUCAGCAGCUUACAGGAGCUACAGAAGCAUGAAGCCCUAAAUACCUGCUCCACACUCUUUGGCUUUGAUUCAGAUGAUGAAAGUUAGUGGUGAGUGAAGAGGAGUUUGAACUUGAGUGGCCAUAGUGGUCUGCUGGCGUGGCUUAGGGGAAGAAGAUUUGUGAUCGUAGUGAAGAUGGAAACAUUUCUCCGGUAGAACACUGAAACUCUGUCUUAGCACUUGUCUAAUAAUUAGAUACCAAUUUGCAAACAUAAGCUAAGGGAAAACUGCCUGGAAUUGGCACAGCAUUGAUUUGGAGAACUUUUUUUCUCUCAAAUUAGAUGAAAGCGUUUUUUUUCUUUUUUUCAAGCAAUAACAAUACAACAACUAAAAAUUUUAAAUUCAUUUUGGAGCUGUUAAAUGUAACCAGUGUGCAGUUCAUGGUCGGAACAUAUUUGGACUUCAAAGGUGUAAUUACACAGCACACUUAGGGCUGAACGAUGAAUUGGAUUUGCGAUAAUUAUCGCGAUAUGAUAAAAUGCGAUUUCCUAACCACAACUACGCGAUUAUAAGUUGGUCACGAGACGCGAGCUACAGCGAGUGAAGCUCUCAGCCGCACCAACUUUUCAUCCUGCCCAGCUGUUGCGCAACGGCCUCUGGCUCAACAGAGCAGUCAGAAACUGACACAAGUGAGACUUAAGUCUCGAAGAGGAACAGCACGUCGGUGGUGAGGGAUUAUUUUGGCUUCAAAAAAGAUGUUGCGCAGUGGCAGGUGUUGUGCAGAACAUGCCGUGCUACCGUUGCACAGCAUAGCUGCCAACACUCCCGUUUUUCCCAGGUUUCUCCCGUAUUUUAGACUCAUCUUCUGCCGCCCUCCCGUUUUGUCUUUUCUCCCGAGAAUCUCCCGUAAUUUACAAGCCCCAAUUUUGUUGGUUAAUAAUAAUGAGAAACGCACAAUAACAAAGGUUUUAUUUUGAAAGCUGAGACCGGAAAUCGCAUAUUAAAUCUCAAUGGCAAUAUUGGGGGAAAAAAAUCGCAAUUAGAUUAUUUUCCCAAAUCGUUCAGCCCUAAGUACACUAGGGGGUAGGGUACUAGAUUAAAUUAAUUGAAGAGCCCUGCUGUAUAUUAAUCAGCCAUUUUCAGAUAAUUAAUUAUCAAAAUUGUAUCAAUUACAUUUUUUUUUUUAAUUACCUGCCUAAAAGCAGCACAAACAAUGGCCCUGGGCACUUGGAGUUUAGUGAAACUAACUGACCCUCAAUAACCUCAUAAAAUAAAAAAACAUUAACUUCAUGCUUAAGUUACAGCCCCUCCUGCAGAGUCCACUUCUCAGUUAAAAUUCCUUCCUUAAUUGUGUGCUUCUCUUGAUUUGCAACUCUUCCUUCAAUUAGUGUAAAUUCAAUAAGGGAAAUCAAUGAAGGAUAAUAACUUUUGCUAGGGGUGUAAUAAAUUUGUCCCGAAACCGUAAAUUCACAUUUCUGCAGUCCUUGUUUCGGUGAAUUGUACAUUCAUAAUGAACUGUGUUUAAUUCCUCAAUAUGUGGUCUUGCCAAAUUACUGUGAGCACACCUGUGUUGUAGAACAUUCAACACUGAUUAUGAUCAAUACUAUCACCAGGCCUAAUACCCAAGUUUUAACCUGUGCUGGACAGCCUUGACGAAACGCUGGCACUCAAUUAAUUAAAUUCUCAGAUGUAAGUUUGACCAACGAGCUGUUCCUGCUGGUUUGCUCUGGUUUCAUUCUCUUAAAUUCUGUAUGUUGUUCGAUUGGUUCUCAUGUUUGAAUUUCCAUUCCACCUGCUGCACCCUCAGCUAUGAUUGUUUUUCGUUUUGUUUUUUUUUAUUAGUGAUAUUCAACCAGUGCCCCCUCAUCUGAGGUUGACAAGAUCAAAAGAGCCUUUCCAGACUCUAGAGCUAGUCUCUAGAGUGUUUUUUGCCAGCCUGUGUUUAAAUUAAAAUGAAAUUCUGAGUCUGUUUUGUUUUUACAAGCCAAACCUCGGUGCAAACUGAAUUGGGUUUUUAAAGCCAUCACACCCCUAGCUUUAGCUGGAUUUACAUCAUCAGUGUUCUUAAUGAAAAGAGUGUUCCUAAUAAGUUAUAUUAUAGGUGUGUGAUAAUUGCACACUCAAUUGCUUGUACUCAGCCACAAAAUAACUUAAAAUCAUAGCAUUCACACUACAUCACAUAAUAAGAGACAGUAUUUUCUUGAGUAGCAUCAGUAUAGACCCAUGCUGUACACAGAUCCAAGUUACUGUUACAGUUACUGACAUGUUUUAAGACAAAUGAACAUGGGUCUGCUAGGGAAAGGAAAUUUCAAAGUUAUGGACAGGAUUAGACUCAUCCAUAUAUUCCAGUUCCAAAACAAAUCAUCUUGGCAGCUACUCUUCAGUAGGAAAAAAAAAAAAAAAAAAAAAGGUAGACUAGACUAGGUAAAUAUUUCACACACUCUCUCCAUGGCAAAUCAGAAGCCUGGAAAACACAUUAAUUCAUUUUCUUUACCCACUAUUCAGGGUCACUGUGGACUGGAGCCUAUCCCAGCAUGCAUUGGCCUGAAGGUAGGGAGACAUCCUAGACAGGUUGCCAGUCAGUUUCCUAAACAGUAUAUUGCUACUGGAAAUUUGGACUUCCCAAAUUGCAGGUGUUGUGCUGCUUCAUCGGUCAGUAUCUUGCCAGCGAGCUAACUUAACACACCCACUACAGUCACUGUUGAGAUUUGCUACAUUACACUUAUUUUGACAUAUUUUCUAUUAUACACUAUCAGACCAACAAAAUCAUCCAGACCUACUUGAUGCACUAUGAAAAAAUGAAAUACUCUAAAAAGGGAGCUAAAGCAUUUUAGUGAUCACUGACAAGGACACAAAAAGCAGACAAAUCCUCAUAUAGCCUGGUUAUUACGACUUUGGGUUAGUUGGGGUGGAGAGGGAUUUCAUACACAGAGUAUCUCCUUCACAAAUCUGUUAAAUCCCUCUACCCUAAUGGCUUCUUCAGAUCUCCUCAACAGGUUUGUCAGAAUAAGUCCUGAUUUUACUGGUUGCUAGUUUUGGUCCCUUGGUGCAUGUCAGUCACUAUGUUUUAUAGUUCUCGUUCAGUUUGACCAGCUGACAACUCCUGUGGGCCACUCUGUCAUGGGUCGCAUGCUGAAGCUAAAACAGAAAGUUCUGUGUUGGGCCACGUUGAUUAGAUUGGAGAUGCGGUCAUGAUUUUCAGGCACUGCUGUGUCCACAGUAGUGCUAUGUAUUAUUUGGCCCUUUUUUUCUCCAAAAACUUGUAAUCAGGACUAAAAUAUUAGUUUUGUAAUCCCUUUUUUGCAAUCCAGAAUUAGGUCCAGACCCAGAUACCACAAAAAAAGUAAGAUAACAGCAUCCAGACUUGCAGUCUUUAAGUAAACCUCGUUCUUCCCAUCUGUUAGGCAAAUGUUAUGUUGUAAAGCCAAAAAACAUGGGAGAAGAAGCUGAAAAAGUGUUAGUUUGAGACACAUGCGGCUGAAAUCAUGAAACAUUCUUAAGAAAACAUGUCUUCUUAAAUCCUGUAUUUUCUCUUAACUUUAAACUUAGGAACAAUCUUAAGAAUAGGAAAAAAACUAAUCUCAAUAAUUUACAUCACUUUUAUUUAAAUAUAAAUUUGAGAAGACAUCCAGUGCUAGAAACAGAAUAUAAAUUUCAUCCUAAAAAAUCUUACAACCAGACGUCUUAAACACUGACGAUAAUCUUCGCUUUUGAGAAUAUAUUCUAGACAAAACAUUGUAGCCUGACGUACUUCUGUUGGCUUCUCUGUACGUCACAUGUGGCAGCGCCUGUGCUGACUGCUCUCUGGUGGAUCUUUUUGUUAGCGCUCUGUGACCCUUUCUUUUCCCACAUCCUGGCUAAAUGGGCGAGGGCUUAGAAACUUGUAAUUGUCAUUUACUGACUUACUGACCUUUCCUGAACUAACCAACUGGAGUCUCCUCGUGGUGACAAUGCCUUUGGCCACUGUUUCUUUACACAGGCUUUGCACCGUUUGUAAAACCAUCAUAGUGCCUUAACAAAAACAAUGUUGCAGAAGUACCUAUUAACUACACUGGCAAAAAUGUGAACUUUCUACUUUCCACUGUUUUUAAUAUUUAAUAAAAGCGUCUUCUAAGAAAGAGUAGAUGGUUGCUGCAUGCUGUAAUGCUGUAUUGCAUUUCAAGAACACAUCAGCAAAUCAGAUUCCAGUGUUCGAUUUCAGAUCAGAUGGAUAUUAUAAGUGUAAUGUCCCGUUUUGACCAGCACACGUAUCAGAGUUACAGUUAAGGAAGUUACCUUUGAUGUGUCAUCGCAAACAAGACUUGUACUGACCUCGCCUUCAUCCAGCAAAAGACACUUUCCCAGAUUAUGUCUUCUGUUGUGUCUGAGUUUAACAGGCCUUUCCAGGCCCCUAUCCAAUCGCUGAGAUUGGACGGGACCUGGGAAGGCCUGUCGUUUCAAACCAAACAUGAAGCGUUGUGGACUCGCACAAAUACAAUCGUGAAUCUUUCACUCAAGUUGAAAAUUUUCAACUGACGCAAACAUGCCAGUGACACGAAUUGACAGAAAUUUGUGUCAUUUGUCACCCGCUGCAAGUUUACAUCUAUUUGCGUAUGUGCAUUGACUUUGUAUGUAAUUGCGCCUCGAUUAAAAACUCGCUUUGUGUUUACUGUGAACACACCUUAUGAAGUCUGGCCUUCUCUAGCUGAUUAGGGACUUUCUCCUUCAUUCUGAAGAUGUUGGCUUAAAAAAAGACAUAAAACUUCUAAAACUAACUAGUUAAAACUUGCUUCAUAGAACUUGAGUAGUUUGACCUUUCAACCAUUAUGUAAAUCUUAACCUGUUUCAUGUGUCAGUGCAAGCCAGUAAAAGUGUUUUUUUUUUCUCGCUCUUUAAAAUGUAAUUGUUUAUAAAAGUGUCACUAGCGUUCUACCACUAGGGAGCACCAUAAGUACUGAUAAAGACGAAAUGCACCAAAAAAUUAUAUUAAAAAAAAGAUUUAUUUCUGGAUUGCAAAUAAAAACACCUUAAACAGGUUCUUAAAGUAGUUCUUAAUUUUUUUCUUAAGAAAAUUUUGGUGAAUCCAGCCCUAGGUGCUAACAGCGCAGCACAACCCAUAUGCUGACCCCUUAACAGGCCAACAGAGCAUCACUGGAAAAGGCUUCAGUGUGGGACCUGUAAGACAGCGUGCCUGACAUGUCUCCUGCAGAGUGGCCGGUACAGACAGUAUUACACAUCACAAGCUGUGUUCUCUUCCCAUGGUGAAAUAUUGUCAGGCAGCACAUGCAAUGCAAACCAUAUCAUGUAUGAGUAGCAAUGGUGAGGCCAGUGUUUAUUUUUACUGUACAAGUGGCAGAGGAUGUGAAAGCCUAUAGAAUUUAAAUGAGUUCAGGUUGCCUAGCAACAAAAUGGUGUGGUUUGUGAUGGCCAACUCAUGUUUCCCAAAACAACAAAACAAGAGGGGAAAAAAAACAAAAACAGUGUGGACUUGUGUUACAGAAAGCAUGGGUCUAAAUAAUUUGUAAUAUUUACCCAGGAAUGAAAAGUCACGCUUUUAGAGCGUUAAAUGAUGCAAACACCAGCACAGUGUGUGUACUAUCAGCUGGAUGUGCUUAAUGUGUUAACUGUAGUCUUCCAAAUGCGUCAUGCCCAACACUGACAGACAGAUUUUACAAAUGGUUGAGUGGACGUGUAAAACCAGUACUGGAUAUGUGAUGACUGUCCUCUUUUACAUUUCUCUGCUUUCUGUCAGAAAUCAUUGAACACGUUGCAUUCAUCCACCAAAGCCUCGGUGCUGGGGGGAGGCAUGUGUCGCAUUAUUUCUGUGGGAUGGUUUUAAAGGUAGGCAAUAUGAGAUUGCUGCCCAGUGUUGUGGAGCCUAGAUGCUCAGUUAAUCAGAUUGUCAUCGUGUUUUAAUCAUGGUAUAGCCACCUGAAUCAAUUACUCAUAAAAGCUAUGACCAAAAUGUCUGCACCCAUCUAACUCUCCAUCUCCACCCUCUGGCAAUACUCUGCUGUACAGUUGAUGGACUAUUCAGAUACUUCAAUUAUGCCAAGACUCAGUCACAAAGUGUUCGACUAUUUCUCUGAAAUGUAAAUGAAGAAAAACACUGUAACUGAUAAUAAAAUAUUUCAAAUGUA